AUGACCUCACCACCUCCUGUCCCUCCAAAGGAUAUAUCCACCCCUUCGAUGACUGUCAAAUCCAAAUCGAAGAUCUCCCUCGAUAUGCUCAAACGACCCAAAUCACCUACUUCUUCGGAGAAGAGCAAGGAUGAGAAGAGUUCAAACAAGAUGAAAGAGUUCCUUUCCGGUUUAGGAUCUAAGAAGAAAUCAAAUAUAGCAACCGGUUCAACUUCGACUGGCAAUGAUGAUGCGAAGAGUGAUACUACCGCUAGGCUUACUUCUCCAGUCCAGCCAGUCGCAGAAAAAGGCAUUAUCAAAGUUUCGACUCAACCUAAGACCCUCUCAACUAAGCGUGUACCAGCCAUACCUGAUAUUCAAGUUAGUAAGGCGGGAAGACCUCUUUCCCCCUCAAAAUCAAGUUUAGUCGACUCAUCCAACCCCUUCCAUCAAGCUGUUAUCAACGCUCAAAGAAGGGUUGAUACUCUCAACACUACCACUAUCGUUCUCAAGGGUAUCGCCGCUGGACUGGCUGCAGGUACAGCAGCAUGGAUGCCAGGGGUGGGCGAAGCGGUGGGAGUCGUAUUGGGAAUGGUAGAGACGGCGGAACGCAUCUCGGUAGGAAGGGUAGCUGCGCUUCGUUUGGUCGAAAGAUCUGCUACAGUUUUAGAUGCGGUUGAGAAAGCUAUCAUCCAACAUAAAGGUGUUAUACCACGCAUCAUGAUCGAUAACAUCAAUCAGCUCUUGACUCAUUUACAUGACAACAACCGAUUCCUCGUUAGGCUUUCCGAACGAUCCUUUUUGAAACUCUAUCUGCAUUCGGACGAAACCACGAGAAAAAUUGGGACUGUUACAGAGAAUCUCGAAGAUUUUGUUAAGAUCUUUCAGCUACAAUCUCAAAUAUCUACCGCAGCUUGGGAAGAACAGUCCAUGAGGGAUCAUGACAAAGAUAUGGAGAUCCUUCUUCAGAAGCUGGAUGAGGCUAGAGACAGUGAUCAAAAGAUGCUUGGGGUACUUGCGCUUAAGAGUGAAGCGCAGCAAGAAGCUAUCAAAACUCUACAAAGAUCACUCGAUCAGGUGCUCAUUUUCCAGCAAGCCGAAUACAACAGCCAUCAUCCUACAUCACCUGUAGGCGGAUUUGAAGCGUCAUCUUACUUGGCAAUCGAAAGCCCCGUUAUUCCACCAACGCCCAUCACAUUACCCCAUACCUCGGCUCCCGCUCAUUGGAGAGCCUUGAAAGGCAAAGGUAGUGUCGCCUCUAUCUCUUCUUCAUCGAGUGGUAUGACAGAUGUGGGUUCGAGGGGUCGAAGGUCUGGCCAAUGGAAGGGAAGUACACGGCCUCUUAGAUCACUCUGGGAGUCAGGUUCGCAAUCUCCCGAGGAGAAGGGUCCCCAUAGGCAGUUCUUCGAGAAAGCGCUUGAUGUACUGCGACGAACUAGCGAUGGUGAUACAGGGGAGGUCCCGGAUUGGACUAUCACCAGUUUAGAGAUAUCACAUGACGAGAAGAUCACUCAUGACGAGAGGAUCAACUCGGGAUACUUUUCCAUCAUUUGGCGUGGUCAUUGGCAAGGUCUUCCUGUGGCUAUCAAGGAACUUACUCCAAUGGCAGAUCGAAAGCUUUUUGUCAAAGAAGUAGAUGUUUGGCGUAGACUCAAAAGUGAACGAGUCUUACGAUUUUAUGGAGCUUCGAGUACUACUGGACCGCCACCCUGGUUCCUUGUCAGUCCUUUUAUGAGAAAUGGUAAUGUACUCAAUUACCUCUCAUCACCAGCGGGACGAGAGGCCAACAAGUUGGCCCUGAUUUGUGAGAUGGCUCAAGGAAUGGAAUAUCUACAUUCUAGGGAUAUCAUCCACGGUGACUUCAAAGCCUCGAACGUGCUGGUCAAUGACGAUGGACAUGCCAUCAUUUGCGAUUUUGGUCUCAGUCAACUGAAGAUGGACUAUACAACCAAGUCUCAUGCAUCUGCGGAUCAACCAAGCUCAGUAGCGGGAACGAUGAGAUGGCAAAGCCCAGAGAGGUUAGCUGGAGGUCUGCUUACGAGAGAGAAUGAUGUUUAUUCUUGGAGUAUGGCGGUGCACGAGGUACUGACGGGAUCGGUGCCUUUUGGAUAUGUGGAUAAUAGCAUCGUCAGGGCAAAUAUCAGAAACGGCGUUCGUCCAGAUCGUCCAUCCGGGGUCGAAGAUAGGCUGUGGCGUCUACUGAUCAAAUGCUGGGCUCAGAAUCCGAAAGACAGACCUACAUUCGAAAUAGUGGUAGAAGAGCUAUCGACGAUCUAUACACCCGCCAAGGAGCCCGAGAGGCAGCCUACACAUGUGAAUGUGUCAUCCUCCGAGACCACCGAGACCUCCUAUGUCACCGCCAGCGAGGGUGGAGCACCGGACGAGCAGCAAGCCAUUUCGCCCGCUACCAGUACCCUUCCUCUACUCGAUUACAACGAGAGCAUGUCCAGCUCCUCAGGCUCGGUCGCCUCGAUACCCGCUCAUCUGGAGACAGAACCAUCGUUUGAAUCGGAUCGAGCAGAAAAACAUUACCGGCACUACCUCUCCCAUGAGUUUGAUGAUCGACUGUCUAUCGCCUUAUGGUUCCCUUCACCUGUUCCUUUGGGCAGUAUAGGUUAUACCCGCCGCGGCCAAUUCGUUCGUCUGAUGGAUGCUCACAUUCCUCCUGUAGGCAUAGGAAGUCUUCCGCCGAUGCCGUAUCUAGAUGAGUUCAGCUCCCUUCAUACCACUAGAGUGGCAGUGAAUGCUCGAGGAACUACAGGAAAGGGUUUGGACAUGGUAGCUGCGUUGACAAAUUUCAUUAAGCCGACAGGAGAAAGCUCACAGAAAGCGGUUAGUCGACGCAUACCAUUUCCGCUCAAGCCUGGGAUGAAACAAGCAGCUCUAAUAGUCGAAGAUGGCACGUUCGAGAUAUACAAAUCCCUAGCUGAAGCUAGAUCGUACCUUACCGCCAACAUACAGUGGAUCUUACAAGAAUUUGGCGAUCAACAUCAAAUCAGCCAAGAAGAUGUCAUCAUAGUCGUCGGCACGCUUACUGCUCGAAAUUAUGCAGCGGUUAUAUCCAACUUCGCACCAAGUACGACUUUGACUUUCAACGUUCAUGCCUCCUCGUACCGUACUGAUGGUGAGCCCUGGGGCACCUGGACGGUCAAUCAAAAAACCCCUGGAUCGACCCAGUCCCAAAGAAAAGAACGCAAAGGAUCUCAAGUGGAUGAAAAUAAGUUGAAAUAUUGCUGUAAGGUGUCUAGGUGUUCAUCGACUUCGGCAGACGCUGUACUUCUGGCGAAACUCAGAUUUUCGCCAGGUGCAUCCGAUCCGACAUUAUAUCCCUGA